GGGAAUUGUCAAGUAUUUCAUCAUCUGCUGGAAAAAAUAGAGAUAGGUGUGUUGCUUCAACAAACAAAUUAUCUAAGAAACUGGUGGAUAGAAGAGGUGACCUGAUUAUAAGAAAGGUUGCAGGAAAAACAUAUGAAGGGGAAAAUG